GGAACACGGAACAGAAAACGGAACACGAACACAUUUCACCAAUCACCCUAACCAUCAUUUCACACAUGAAUUUUAAAUAAGAGUUUAGUUUUCAUUAAAGUUUUUAAAAAUUUAAUAAUUAAAAAAAUACUCAUUCAAAAUGAGUGUUCCAUUACCACCGGGGGCCGGUUUAGAAAACAUCGAUUCCGAUCAAAUCAAAACCUUCAAAGAUUUUUUAAUAUCCUACAACAAAUUAACAGAGAUGUGCUUUACUGACUGUAUUUCGGAUUUCACAACAAGGAAUAUCAAACAUGCUGAGGACAAAUGUUCACUAAACUGCCUAGAAAAGUUCCUAAAAGUCAACCAAAGAAUAUCACAAAGAUUCCAAGAGUUCCAAAUGUUAGCAAAUGAAAAUGCAUUAUCGGCUAUGAAAUAGGAGACUAUCCCAGAGCCAAAAUUAUUUGUUGAUGCAUUUGUUUUAAAUUAAAAGUAGUUCUAUUAUGAGAGGAAGUUUUAUUGAACUAGUAUAAGAUAGUGAGUUGUAUAUUUAAUAAAAUGAAACUCAUCUAACUGUUACAGCAGUAAUGUUUUUUGUUGGAGUGAUUCGAUGGUCCUGCACCAUGUCCAUUUUCAUUAGGUAAUUUUAUAAUGUCAUCUGUAAUUAGAGGAAAUUGUAAACCGUGGUGAUUUAUUAACACUGCAUUAGUUAGCCUCAACAUGGCUUCA